GCGCGCGCGGCCGCCAGACAGAGCCACGCCGAGUGGCCCAGCAGCCGCCGCGCGACGCCGCCGUGCAAGCACCCGCGUCAGCACCAUACCGGCGAGAACCGAUAGAGGACCGUGAUCGUGCGGAGCGGGCCGGCAGCGACCGGAAGCCGGAGGGGCGCACCCCGUCCGCGGGGAGACGCAUAAGGAGAAGGGACUCCACCGCCCCGACGGGCGUGCCGCCGGGAGACCCGGAGCGGACGUCGCCGACCAGGGUGGCAUGCCGGCAACCUCGACAAGGAUAUGACAAUCACGACAGGAUCACUGCGCCGGGCCUUGUUAGGGCUCCUGCUGCAGCGCGCGCCGCGGAGCGGGGCCGGCAGCCCGGCCGCUGCCUCACCUCUCCUGGCGCGAGGAACAGGUCGCACCAGACGGCAUGGUGCUUGUCAGCUCCUCGUAUUGACAUGGAAUGGGAUGGCCGACGCUGCCCGUGCCGCUGCCGCGCGCGCCGCCCGGAGUGCCGAGUGCCUGGUGCGGCUGCGCGCCAUGGAGACGCGCGUCCUCAUGCUCAUCGCCACCUGCUCGGCGGCCACGUCGGCGGCCGUCAACCAGGACGGCGACGAAGAAGACACGGCCGCCGACCAGGCUGGCCAGGACCCCCAGGGCUCAGGGCAAGACGGCCACGGGGACAGCAAGGAGAGCGCAACCCCGACACCCCCGCCCCUGGCCACUCCUCCUUCCCCGAGCCCGCCGGAGGUCCUCCCUCCGCCGCGCGACGAGGAGAGCGUUGCUGUCCGCGAGGGCGAUGACGUCACCUUCACCCUCCACCUCGCCGGCGGAGAGCCCACCGACUACUACUGGUCCCGCAACGACCGGCGGAUUCUGGAGGACCGCUUUCACAUCGCGCGCAAGGACGGACACUCGGUGCAACUGUCGCUGACCCGCGUGUCCCGUGACGACUCGGGCCGCUACACCCUCACGGCGUCCAACUCGUCGGGAGAGUCGCGCGCCGGGUACGACCUGCGCGUCGACUCCAGGAUGUCCAUGUCGGACUCGCUGUCCGUCCCCACGCACGACGACGCGCCGCACUUCAUCCGCACCCUCGCCGACCUCGCCGUCAAGGUCGGCACCCGCACCAGGUUCCUCGUCGAGAUCCGCAGUCCCUCCAACCUAAAGGUGACAUGGCUCCGAAACGACAGACCGGUCAAGGAAACCGAUCGAUUCCAUUUCCUGAACGAGGGCAACUUCUGGUGCGUGGACGUGGGGCCAGUGAUGGCGGAGGACCACGGCGGCUGGACCUGUGUGGCCGAGAACGACGCCGGCCGCGCAACAUGCUCAUGCCAGCUCAGCGUUCUGGUGCCGAAGGCUUACAAAGGGCCCGAGUUCCUGGAGGAGCUGCGCGCGCUGCUCACCGAGCAGGGCACCGUGUCCCUGGAGUGCAAGGUGGUGGGCGUGCCCACCCCCGCGCUACGGUGGUACAAGGACGCCAAAGAGAUACGCGCUGGCGACGUAUUCGCGCUCACGGCUGAUGCGUCAGAUCCAACCUCGCUCGGCACGUACACCUGCGAGGCCGUCAACUGUAUGGGCAGAGCAUAUUCAUCCUCCAGAGUGCAUGUCGUGGGCCGCGGCAGCAGAGAGGGCUCACUCAAACCAGCAGACUACCUACUCCCAACUGGACCAGCUCCUACGUUUGAUGAAGAGCUUCGGCCUGAAAAGGCGAGAAUCGGCGAUUCACUCACCCUUUCCUGUCACGUACAAGUCCCUCCCUGGCCAAAAAGCAUCCAGUGGUACAACAGCGACGGACGGGUCGAAACAGGGGACCGAUAUCGCAUUCUGGAAGACGGACUAGGCGGCUAUUCCGUAGAGAUCUCGGCCCUCGAGGCGUGCGACGAUGGCGAAUGGAAAUGUGUCGCCACGUCGUUUGAGGGUGUCCGAGGAAUCUCAACAGCCAUAGUCACUUUAACAUAUCCAAAGAAUUACAGGAAACCAAGAUUCUUGGAGAGCUUGCGUGCGAUAUUGACAGAAGAGGGUCUCGUGUCGUUUGAGUGCAAAGUUGUAGGUUUCCCAACGCCACAACUGCGUUGGUUUAAAGAUGGUCAAGAAUUGCGGCCUGGUGAUGUUUAUCAGUUGACGGGAACUAAUUCACUUGGUUCUUAUUGCUGCAUAGCUCGAAACUGCAUGGGCGAGGCGAGCAGUACCGCAGAACUCACAGUAGAAGACAUUCAGAGUCAGCUGAGUGAGGAAGAACGGUUAUCGCUUUUCUCCAGUGAUAGUGUUCCUCACUUCGUCAGGGGACUUCGCUCUCAAGAGGCACGCGUGGGUGACAACUUCCGCUUUACUGUUCAGGUGAGCGUGGCUCCUGAGCCCAGUCUGGAGUGGUUCCGCGACGACGACCCAAUUGUGGAGGGGGAAAAAUUCCGAGUUACUCGCGAAAACCUGGGCACCUGCCAUCUCGACAUACGACCAAUCGACAUAAACGAUCAGGCGGAGUGGAAAUGCGUAGCAACGAACGAAUUCGGGCACAGCGUUACAUCCUGCUUCUUAAAACUGACCAUUCCAAAACACUUCAAGAAACCAAGGUUCCUUGAGUGCUUACGCGCUGUGCUCUCCGAAGAAGGGGCAGUGAAUUUAGAGUGUAAGGUCAUAGGUGUACCACAACCCGUACUCAAAUGGUACAAAGACGGAGAGGAACUAAAGCCGGGCGAUAUCCAUCGUAUUAUUUCCGGGCAGGAUGGAACAUGUUGCUUGGGUACUUAUACCUGCGAAGCUACUAACUGCAUGGGGACGGUGUCAAGCUCAGCGUCUCUCGUUGGUUUUGAAGAGCGCGGUUCUUCAAAGAGCGGAGCUGGACGGGCACCGCCACCUAUCGUUAGAGAUCCGUCUCUCUCCACAAUUCAUGAAGAACGAACGUCACAAAUGUACGACGCUGAACAGUCUCUUUCCCUCGAUGAAAGGGGAGAAGUCAGCUUUUCGUUCGACGGUAAGGAGGUGUCUGUUUCACUGUAUGAAACCCCAGAUUUGACAGAGGAGGAAGCCUUACAAGUCGUAGAAAUGUAUGCCGACGAACUAAGCGAGCACAUAUCAGAACAUAAUGUGGUUGAGUUGCCACCCCUACGAUUUAUGAAAGAAUCCUCGACGUCCGGAAAUCUUCUUAUGGAGGCUGUUCUCGUGGACGUUUCUCCAGACUACUUCGGUCCCGCCGGUGAAGAGGACCUACGCACGGAUGCGGAUAUGGACGAAUUUUCAAUCACAGAUGAGGCGCUAACACUUCACACUCCAAUGGACGUCUCUCAGGCUGACGAGGAUAAAUCAGAAAGGCUAGACUCUGAUGAGAUUUUCGACAGAGCUCUCGAGCCAUUAGCGAAACAAGGGUCACAUAAGGAGAAUAGUCCACCCACGAGACCUCCGAGGAAGUCCAGAAAUCUAGCAGAUACUAAGUCUGGAAGCAAAGAAUCGCGUUCAUUAGAAGAAAAGAGUGAUUCUUAUUCUGAUGCUAAGGCGCAAUCUCUUGAAAUGGACACGAGCUACAAGAGCGCUCAAGAAAACCUAGACCAGGCAGAUAGCUCAGGUUCACGUGGCAGAGACGGGAAAGCGUCGAAACGGAAGGGUUCUGAUAGCGACGAAACCAACGCAAAAUUGAGGAAAGAAGAAAAGUCGCAACUGCAAGAAAAACGUGGGGCCGUACAUACAAAGGUGCAGAAAGAAGGCGACCUUACAGGUAAAGACGAGGGAACAUUGCGGCGGAGUAGGACAGCUUCGGUUGACUCUAACAGUAUGACAGAAGAUGACACGAUUUACGAUGACAACAUUCCAGGACAAGCAAAAGAUAAUGUGAAAGGAUUGCCUUCAGAUCAGAUUUCUGUUAUAGACUCUCUCGCACAUUCUUUGCAAAGAAUCCAGAACGGAUUACUUAUGGUUGAAAGUCAAGUAGUGUCCGAGUCCUUGGAUAAGAAUUCUGCCAAAGAGAGUUUCAAAAUUCUUGGCAAUCUGUCACAAUCGUUACAAGAUAUACAGAAGGGGCUUAGUUUGAUUGAAUGUCAGGUCGAUGAAGAAGCCGUGGUGCCUUCCGGGCAUACAGAAAUGUCUAUCUUGGAGACUUUGGCACAACCAUUACAGGAAUUCCAGCGAAAGCUUGCAUUGAUUGAGCAGCAGACUGUCCUCGGGGGAACCGAAGAGACAUUACUGGAGCGGACAACCCAUUCAAUAAUGGAAUGCGUCUCUCAGCCAAUGCAAGAAUUUCAGAGGGAAAUAGGACUUAUACACCAAAGGGCGGCUAUGGGUAUGGGCGAGGACGUAGUGUCCAAGAAGUUACAAAACUUCUCUGUUCUAUCAGGUGGCCGCAGUAGCGAAGAAGACAGCAAGAUUAAAGUACAGCAGAAAGCCAAAUCGCUAGAAGAGGUCGAUUUAAAACUAAAAGCAUCACUUUCCUUACAAACCCUAGCUGAACCUGUAACGGAACUUUUAAACGCACUAGAAAAGUUCCAAGCCGACGUUCUUCAAGUAGAUGAGGGAAAUAUACUAUCUGACAAGCCGAAGUUAUCGUCAUUAGAAAAGUUACUGUACCCGAUGCAAGUUCUAAAAGCUGAAAUAGAACUUAUUGAACAGCAGGCAAUACUAGAAGUCGAUGGCAAAGUUCAGCACGGCAAGAGUCUAUCAAUAUUAGAAGCUGUCUCGCAGCCAAUGGAUGAACUACGUAGGGGCAUUGCAUUGGUUGAACAGCAGGCAAUAAUGGAAUCUGGACAAGAAUUUUGCUCUAUAUCAACACUUGAAGCCCUCGAAAAGCCUAUAAGACGACUUAAACGUGGAUUAAAUCAAAUACAGCAGCAGGUUUCUUUGGAAGCAAGUCUAGAAUCGAUACCACAGAGCUAUGAAAUUUCGGUGCUCCAAGGUUUGGAAAUUUCUCUGCAUAAUUUAAAAAGAGGAUUAACAGCUCUUCAGAAAAAAUGUGCCGCAGAGCAGUCGGAAGAGGUAUUUCACUUGUUCGAAGUUUGCACAUUAUUUGAGCCAAUAGAAGCUUUAGCGCAGGGAGUUUCUAAAGCAAGUGAAAGUGUUAUGACAGAUACCACCGAAAGCGGACCAAGCCCCUCCAUCGGAUCUUUAGACUGCUUGGCAGCCCCAUUAAACAACCUAAACAAAAGUCUUCUUCAGGUUGAAGAGACAUUCUUUCCAGAGAAUGGACCACCCUCUUCUGCAAUGCAAGUUACAGUGUCAGAGCUAGUCCAGAACUCACUCAAAACUCUUAAAGCAGCACUUCUUACAUCUGCAAAGGAUAUUUGUGUUGAUAAAUCAACGGAAGAAAUUCUUAAGCCAGAAAAGACUCCUGCAAUUGAGUCCUUGGUACCCGCUCUGCAAAAUCUGGAAAAGUAUUUAGGAUCUCUCUUAACCCAACUGAGGCGUCCUAAAGAAACAGACGAGGUUUCACUUGCUGAAAGUCUUGAAACCCUUCAGUCGCUAUUCAAAUGUGCUUACGAAGUUGAAAACACCGUUUCACAAAUACGGCGGCUUGCAAUGAAGCGAGUUCCACUUGACAAGACAGGUGCAUUGGUACUAGGAUCACUAAAAGAUCCGUUCCAUGAACUGGGCACAAAAUUAAUUGAGAAGCAGCAGGGACUACUAUUGCAGCCCGGUGACCUGACGAUGUUUGUUAAGCCACUAGACAUUGAUCUCCAAACACUUUUCCCACAGUUAGAUUCUGUUUGCGAGGCACUAAAUGACGUGAAAGUUUUCGCUUCUCUCCAGGUUCCAACUUCUUUAACUUCAGCACAACAGUUCCUUAACUUGCGAGAACUCGAUGAACCAAUAGCUGAAAUUACAAAAGAAGUUUCGCAGAUAAAGGCAGACGUUCCGAAGUCGGAUAUCAAUUCAACAAACUACCCACUGUUGAGAUCGCUUGUGCCUCCAUUGCAAAGGUUAAUUGCUACUUUAAUUCACUUGGAGGGUGUUUACACAGAGAUCAGUGGGCCCACCGGAGUGCCUAGUGAAAACUACUUGGAAGCCAUGAAACAAACGUCACUAACAUUGCGCUCGCUUUUCGAGCUUAUUUCAACAAUUCCGCCUCAAAGUGUAGAAGGCGUACCAACAAGACAAAUCAAAGAGACAUUUUUGAACUUAAUACAACCAAUAGCUGGUCUUGAAUUUUUGAUACAAAAGCUAUGUACGGACCUAGAACGCGAUAUUAAUCCCACUAGUUUGCACAAUGCAUUGACACAUUUGUCAAAAGCGCUGUCAUCUUUAUCUAGUGAGAUGAACAUUACUUCUUCUGCACUAGAGGAAAGUCUAACAAAUUUGAGGUCUCCGCAAGCUGAAAUAGUCCACACUGUUUUAUCUUCGAUGUGUGAUGUGCAACGAACUGUUCGAAGCGCCCAAGUUCAAAUUGCUAUGGAAUCAGGCGAAGAGGACUUAAGUAAUACUCUAACUCCAACAAAGUUCAUUGAAAUAAGUGACACACUUCGAGAUCUAAAAUCAAACCUCCAGAGCUUCGAAAUAUCUUCUUCCCUUAAAUCGAAGGAAAUUGUUUUAUCCCACGUGAAUGCGAUCGAAGAUUCUCUGAGUGAAUGUCUACGUAAAAUCGGACUGCUGCCGAUGUCUGCAGCGCAAAUAAAAUCGCCAUUUCCAGAUUGGAACACAAUAUUUUUAUCAGUGCAUAAUCUAGAGCCACUGUUCAACAAAUUUAAAAGUGUUUUGAAUGUCAUUCAAACAAAACUGUCCGACACUAGCGAUUGUGACCCAAUAUUCGAACGCAGUAUCACAUCAAGCAUGGCAGAUAAUCUGAAGGACAUUCACCAGCACCUAGAGACCAUAUCUUCGCAAGUCAUUUUAGCUCAAGGAAAUGUGCCUCAGUCUACUGCAAUCGAGAAAUUCCUUUUCAGCACUAAUGAGCUCAAAAACCACAUUAAUACAAUUAAAAACGUAAUCGGCUCGAAAUCCAUCGAGAACGUUAUUUUUAGCUCUUCAGAUAUAUCAUACCUCUGCACACUUCAGGCACCAUUUGAUGACUUUUCUAAGAGUAUAGAUGUUAUCUCUCGAUUCAAGAGUGAAUCGAGUCAAGGAGAAAUUCUUCUGCCACAUUUGGAGAGUCUUCAAGAUUCAGUAUGUGUACUACAAGUAACAUUAGAUUCAUUGAAAUCAAUUGCUAAUACAGACACACCUCAGUCACUCGGAGGCCAAGUCGUAUUCGACAGUUUAUCAUCACCGCUGAAAAAAUUGAGCAAUGGUUUAUCGAUGGUGUGUAGUACAGGCCAAGAAAUGAAAGCCGUGCCUAUAACUAUUCUGAGGUCAUCCGUUGCGCAGCCACUCACAGAUAUCUUGUCAGCAAUCGAGUUUGAAAAUGAACGCCUGACGCAUAUCGUCAACGCCUAUGUGCCUGAAACAGAUAGAGACAUUAAAAAGUCACAAAUUACUUUACCCGUAGAAGGGUUUAAAGCAAAAAUACGAGAAGCUCAGACUGCUAUUUUAAGCCCAAUUAUUACAGACAAUGAGGGGCAAAUUGCCGCAUUGGACUGCUUGACCCAAUGUGUGCGUGAAUUUCAGCAACUUGUAGGAGCAGUCCAAAGCGAGGUAGCAAAAAUGUGCGAGCCAACACAAAUUUCGGACAAAGGCAGCCUACCAUUACUCCAAAACUUGCAACAAACUGUCCAAGAACUACAGAUGAGUACAGCGACGAUCAUAUCAGUAGCAUUUUUGCACCUAGAGAAUGCACCUGAAGAAUUGAGAUCGUCUGCUCAGUUAGUAAAAAAAUUGGUACAACCAUUCAGAGACUUUUUACAGAGCCUACACAAGUUCGAAAACGUCAUCGUUACUCAGAACGAUAUGGUUCCUUUGGUUAAAUCAUCAGCUGCAAAAAGUCUUAUCGAACCCCUUUCAAAUAUGAAAACAUCAUUGGCGGCAAUUGGCCACGAAUUGGCAACAAAACCAGUAAGUCAGAAUAUAGAAAAGUGGCAGAGACCAAUUCAAGACUUGCAGAGGGGAAUAACAAUGAUUGAGGAGGAAAUAUUUUUAUAUUCUGAUGAGUCACUAACGUUGAAAGACGGUGUUUCUAUUCUUGACACCCUCUCCCAACCGAUUCAAGAAAUUACAAAACUUAUCACAGAAAUGCAAGCAAAGUUUUUGAAAGAGGCAGUAGUUCCUACACCAGAACUAUUGGGCCCUAUUUCUUGUUUGAACGUUUUAGCAAGCUCAUCUGAUAAGGUUCAAUCUACAUUGCAAAGUAUCGGGGAGAAAGUACCAGAUCAAAAAUACCUCCCAAGAACAUUGAAUGUUGUUUGUGACGCUGUCAAUUCUGGAUUUUCUGAAUCUUUGCAGGGUCUUGGAUUUUGGACCCGUGACAUACUCCAACGCGUUUACCCGGGCCGAGAAUUGAAACAAACUGACAUCGAAGUUUUAAGUAAACCACUCGGACAAGUGGCGAAGUCUCUACAAAUUAUACAAAAAACUCUAGGAGAUUUAUCCCCCGAAGAGCAGAAAGUUGCUGAGCCAAUAAGACUGAGUUUACAAGAACUUAAAUCAACUAUUACAUACGUGAUUGAGCAAAUUAACACAGAAAAUAAGGCUGACAUCAGCAUUGGAAACAUUACAGCGCACCUCGAAAGUAUGGCAGUGCCAAUGGAAGAUUUCAAUUACGCCAUUACAGAAUUAAUUCUAAAUGCGCGGGCAUCGCAAAACGACGCGAAAGCGACAGAACUGAUUAAUAACAUCGACAGUUUGGCCACAAGCAUCAGAACAGACCUUAAUUCUAUAAAUAAUGAAGGCGUAAAGGAGUAUUCAAAAACUAUUUCGAAAAUACAGACAUUGAACAGAGAUUUGAAAGACCUCAGUCGUGGUGAUAAGAAUAUAUUACUCGGUUUGGUUAAAAGUAUUCUGGAGAUGCUGAGUGUGCCUCAGAGUCUUGAAGACAAUAUCGAAGCCGAUAAAUUCUCGGAAAUAAUGGAUAAUCGAACAAAACUGGCAGCAAUAAUUCCACACCUCCAGUCACAAGCAAAAAUUGACAUAGACGAUACACACCAAAUUCUUGAAAAUUUGUUCCAAUGCGUUGAACACUUCACAGAUGCGACUAAGAAUUUGAAAGGCAAAAUUUCAAAGGGAACAACACCACCUGUAAACCUUCAGCCUCUUAAGCAGAACGUAUCCAGGUCUGCAAUUUCGGCCCAAAAUGAAAUAAUUCGUAUUCUCCCACUUCUCGAAUACGAAAGCGCAACAGCCUUACAGAAAAUUUGCACAGGGAUGCAGGAAAUUGAAAAUAAUUUGAUUCAUCCGCAAAAUACGUCUGGAAUGGCGAGUUUGCAAGAUACAGGCUGCCUACAAAGAUUGAUUACUGAUCUUUGUAGGAUGGAAAAACAAGUUCUUCCUUCAUCUCAGAGGAAUACAUUAGCAGCAACAGCAUUAACCGCUGCGGUCAAACAGCUUGAAUGGAGCCUUAAGUUGAUUUAUGAAGACAUGGUCACCCCAUCGAAACCUAGCGCAACAGACAGAGAAGAACUCUUACUUCAGACGAUAUCCGAGUCUCUCUUUGAAUUUUGCGAUCAGUUGUCUAAAAUACAGUGUGAUGAACAAGAAGAUUCAGCAUCGAGCGCUACAAUUAAUUUACUCGAGAGUAUGAGCGAAACAGUAAACGAAGUACGCACAGCAAUAUCAUCUAACGACGACCUCCCAACAUCCGUACUGCAGUAUGUGAGUGACAGUGGAGUGCUCGAGAGUGUAGUGGCGAUGAUCGCCACUCCCCUGAAUGCCUUGUGGAACGGAAUACAGCAGUUGCGAAAUGCCCCACAAGCUAUAAAUAGUACUGAGCAAACCUCUAAUGAACUACUAGCACCGGCUCGUGACCUUCGAGACACAUUAAUUGCAGUGUCUGAUGCCUUAACACAGUCUGAACAAUUAUCUGAAUCAGUCUCUGUUCUACAGCCAUCUGUAGAAAAUAUAAGAAAAGUCGUUGAACAGAUUCAAUCGAGUGGCGCUACUGAAACAAUAGUAAAGAGUCAUAAUUCGCAAGAGAUACUGCAAGCCCUAGCAGCUCCACUACUUCAGCUUAAAGAUAGUGUAGCGACACUAAAAACAGUUCAUUGCGCCAAUGAAAUAGCCGACGGCAUUAACAUUUGUGCGAAAGAAAUACAGACUGAUAUCCUUACAGCAAAAUCAGCAAUGGAGUCGCAAUCACAAAUUAGCCCACAGGUAUCUGUUGUAAGUGCAUUAGAAGGAUUGGGUAAACCACUGCAGGUAAUAUGUGACGAGAUAUAUCGCGCGAAAAAGAACUUCGAAAAUCCCCCACAAAAUGUGGCUGCAAGGGAAACAUCCCCACAUCUGAUCUCUGCAAUGACCGAAUUAUCAGACUGUCUUGAAAGGGUCAAAACCCAGUUAACUAACUCAACAGAAGAAAAGGCUCUACUCCCGCCAAUCGCUAAAAUACAAAGUUUGGUCCAGGAUUUGCACAAAAGUAAUGACAGUGAUCCUGACACAUCUGAUCUAAGCGUCCUGGCCAUAGUUGCGGAGUCAUUGCAAUGGCUAAAAGAAGAAACGAAAAUAGUGCUUGGAAACAUACAAAGCAAAGCCUCCAUGGAAGCCGCGCUACCACAAAAAGCCGAAAAGCACGGCGAGGCAGUUGUGGCCGACGUCGAAACACUUCAACCUGCCCUGGCUCAGUUGAUCCGAGAGUGCGAAGAUCUAGCGACAAGUACCGGGGAUGAGUCAGUGCGCCAGGCUGUUGACGCGCUAACAAGCACUAUUGCCAGGUUUGACGUUGAAGUUGAGAACGGAUCACCAGAAGAAAGGGAGUUAACUGAGCAAGUAAAGAAACUAAAAUGGGCAAUUAUGUCCGUUGAGAGCGCGUCAGUUACAAAUACUUCUGAAGAGCCCUCUCCACCAGUAGAAGAAAUUGUCAAAUCCAUAAACAAGUUGGAAAAACGACUAUCAGAGGUAGAAGAUUCUGGACAUACUGCUGUAGAUGUCGGCACUGCUCUAGACAUCAUUCGCACUUCAGUAAAUACAAUAAAAAUAAAUCUUACCGUAUCUGAUACCCAGCGCGAACAAACGGCGAAAUGCCUUAAAGCACUCCAAACAUUAGCAAACCCUCUCAGUAGUUUUUCAGAAGUCCUUGCCCAGUCGCAGGCACCAUCUUUAGAAAACAAGACACAGGUAUCAGCAAUUAGCACAGCCCUAGUUGAGCUAAAAAAAUCUGUGGGGAUUGCCAAAACAGACCUGGACACCAUACAAAAAAGUGGCAUGGACAUAGCAGUUGAGUUCUUAAAACCGGUUGUAGAAUUCGAACUCUGUUUGCAGACGAUAGAGGAAGACUGCAUGCGUAAGGCAGAAAGGGGAGACCCACCUGAAACAAUAAAAGAAACCAUCAUCAGGGCAAUAAUUAAACCAGUGGAAAAGUUUGAAAAACUAUUAUCUAAAGCAAAAGAAACAGAGGCAUUGAAAAUCGUUGCAGUAACGCACGCACCCCUUGUGCAGGAAGUAACAGACCAUAUAGAGAGCAUAAAGACUGACAUUGCUCAGGCAUCAGGUUCUGGAAAUAACAAUCCGGAGGCAACAAGAGCAAUACAAACAAUGCAGACUCUAGAGUCUCCUCUGCAAUGCCUUAUCGCAGCCAUAACGCAGAUAGAAGACCACACAGGGCCGUACGAUGAAGCUGUCAAUAAGGUUUUCAAGCCUCUACACGAACUAAAUAAAUCUCUGGCUAUCGCCAUGUCUCUUGUAAAUUCAGCGCAAAACAGUGAUAUAGAAAUCAUCAAAGAGCUUCAAAAAUCCAUGACAAAACUGCAGCAGACGACCCUGAUGACCGAAGAAACCGCAAAACAUGCAGCCGCGGCUGGAGAAAAACCCAUUAUCAUCCAAGAUCAUAUUCUAGAAAAUUUAGAACCAUCUUUACGCAACCUCAGAACAACAAUAGCAAAUGUCAAGUGCAAAAUACUGGAAGUGACAAAAACAACCGAACAAGACAUUUUCCAAAACAAACAUGUUAUAGACAAACAAGCUCAGUUAAACGUUGCUGCGUUUGUGGAGAAUACAACACAAAGCAUACAAGACCUGGAGAAAGAAAUUGGCCUGGCACAAGAGUCAGUGGAAAAGGGCUCUAUCCAAGAAGCUCUUACGCCCCUCCUCCAGCCGCUUCAGCACUUCGAGCAAGGUCUCCAGCUGGUCAAGCAGCAAGUACAGAGUGGAUCGGUUGCCGAGCCACAAAAGAUUAUCGUUGAAACGUUACAAAAACCAAUGAGCGAGAUUCAAAAGGGCAUUCAGGAAAUACAGGCGGAAAUUAAGUCAACAAGCAUGCCGGACGAAUCGGUACAACAACUUAUGGCGCCUCUCCUGGCCCUGCAGCAGAGCAUUGAAUGCGUCGUCAAGGACACCCUGAGCAAGCCAGAAGAUCUGAAAAUUGACACCGUCGCGCUGGGCACACUAUCUGAGCCCUUGGAAACGUUCAAGGAGAAACUGCAAACAAUCAACAAGGCCAUUGAGCUACAAGCUGCAGAGCAAAACGUUAGUGCAUUUGUAGAAAAUACAACACAGAGCAUACAAGACCUGGAGAAAGAAAUUGGCCUGGCACAAGAGUCAGUGGAAAAGGGCUCUAUCCAAGAAGCCCUUACGCCCCUCCUCCAGCCGCUUCAGCACUUCGAGCAAGGUCUCCAGCUGGUCAAGCAGCAAGUACAGAGUGGAUCGGUUGCCGAGCCUCAGAAGAUUAUCGUCGGAACUUUACAAAAACCAUUAAGCGGUAUACAGAAGGUCAUUCAGGAAGUACUGGCGGAUAUUAAAUCAGCAAGCUUUUCAGAUGAAACUCUACAAGAACUUAUGGCGCCUCUCAUGGCUCUCGAGCAGAGCAUUAACACCGUCACUGUUAUGCAGAGCCAUAAUUUACCGCUAUUGGGUGAUAGCUUUGAUGUUUUUCUUAAAGACGUAAAGAAUGCGAGCGCAUUGAGUAAAGCGAACAAGAUUAAAAAGCUACUUAUUGAUUCGAACAGUGCAGUCUCUAAAGUAACAGCAUGUACGAAAUCAGAUCUUUUCGUAACUGAUCGGGUUUCUCCGUCUUCUGUUUUGGUAAUUAAACCUCUCAAGACCUUGAAGAUUUUAAAUAAACCACUACAAGAUUUUGAGAGCACGAUGACAGAGUUGAUUAAUAGCUUUGGUAAUUCAGGUUUUUCUAACUCCACAAAAGAUUGUAUAAUGACUGGUCUUGGUUCAAUUCUUGACGCAAUUAAAGUAUCUCAAGCGGAAAUUAAGAAAGUGAAUACUUUAGAUAUGGAUAACAUUCAAUUGAUUAUAGGUGCGAUGGAAUCCCUGUCAAAUUCCGUUGCAGUCGUGUUUGAUGGAUUGCAAAACGAAAAAGCAAAGGAAAACUCCGAAUUUUAUAAAUUAUUGGAGCCUCUUCCUUGUGCUUUAAAUGAGUUCAGCAGCAGUCUAGAAACGAUUCAGACGGCUAUGGAAAAGACGUCAACCAAAGCUAUGGCUGAGUCGACCCUUCAAGCCGUAAGUAAAUUGAUACGCAUUGCUUCGCCUUCAGGUCCAAAAGAAAUGCAGAACAGGAAACAUGCCUUGGAGCCAACUGUCCUAGCACCGAUGUUUGACUGUCUUAAGGCUAUUGAGACAUCUGUUCAAAAGGUUAAAGAAGAUGCAUCCUUGAGGGAUAGUAGCACAGAAAUGGCUGAAGAUUACGGUCUCGUAAAGGCGUUGUCUCAGUUCCGAGAAAGAUUAUCAGAAGUAGAGCAGUACCUCAUGGACCAAACUAUUGAAUCUCUGGGCGAACUGGCCUCACUGGUUGUGCCUCUCCACGAACUACAAGUGGCAAUCAAGACUCUUGAAAAAGAUUCAAGCCACGGCCCGAAGGGCGACAAGAAAAUGCAGUAUGGAGUUACUAGGAAGUUCGCUGAACCAUUUGCAGAGUUUGUAAGUAAAGCCUUAGAAAUUAAAAACCUUGAAGACACGGCAAUUAUGGCCGUUUCAGAUCUUGAACACGCCUCGCUCGUUGAUUGUGCUCAAAAAUCUUUGUCUGAUGUCAAGUCGGAGAUGUGUAAGAUUCUCUCUCCAGAACGAGACUUAAAAUCAUACUUUGACGAAGCAAGGGUUUUCCAAGAGCUGAUGGAGCCACUGGUAGAGUUAGACUUAGCAGUUACUGGAAUGAAGGAAGUCGAAAAAGAUAAAAAUAGAAUAGACGCCUUACUUCGACCCCUGGAAAAUCUGAUCUCUUGUAUAAAUGACGUAGAGGAAAGCUUUCAAUCGAAGUCCCAAGAACGUGGUCAAGUGGCCAAAAUCCUUGCUCCCCUUUCGCAGCUUUCGUGGAGUGUCACAUUUAUAGAAGAAAAUGCAGUCUUAAAGAAAGAGAUCGGGGAAAAUCCUAUAGUGAUCGAAAAUACUAUCUUGAAAUCUAUUCUUGAGCCGAUAGCAGAAUUUAAGAAGGAAAUUGACAAGGUGAAGACAGAGAUUCAGAGAAAAGUUCUUUCGAGAUGUGACUUGGCUGAGCGUGUUGCAAGGAUUAUUGAGGACUUCUCAGAUAUGUUUCAUUCUCUGCAGUCGCAAGGCACAAAAUAUGAUUUUGCUACGAUAAACUCCCAUUCAGAGAGAUUACGUAAGGACAUAUUAAAUGCCCGUGAGUGCCUUCUCAAAGAGGUGGCAUCAGUUGCUCACAGUGGAUUACCAAAAACAUUGAAGGAGAUGGUCAUUAGUCUCGAGACAUUAGCGAAAUCAGAGUUCCCCCAUGAACAGAAUUACAAUUUGCUUACCACCUCCACAGUUCAAAUGGCAUCGUCCCUAUCCACAGCUUUGAAAAAAUCGCUGAAGGAUACACAGGGUACGAAAAGAUGGGAUACCGAAGAUAAACUUCUGGAAGAUAUCGAGAAAUCUUUUAAAGAUUUCUUAUUGACGAUUUGCGAACUAAGUCUGCGACCACCUGUAGAAGAGGCUUCCGUAGACGAUAAAAACAGAGACGAAAAUAGAAGCCCAGUUGCUCCGGAAACCGCUAUCGCCCGAUUAGUCAGUGCUAGUGCUGACUUGAACACCGAGCUAGAAAGGAUAGAAAAACUAAAUGACAAUAAAGUGCGGAAGAGCUCGGUGGACGAAAUUCCAGAGAAGACACGGGCAACUGUGCUGGCGACACUCCAGGAACCGGCCAAAGAUUUACAAAAUGUGAUGAAAGACGUCAUUGAAGUUUUAGCUUCUCACGAUACUGUAAAAUAUAGCCAAGUUCAAGAAUUGGCAUCGCAGGUUAAAAAACUUCAUCAGGGUUUGGAAGAAAUCGAGCAAGAAGUUGUACUUGAACAGAUAAAGGAUGGUGCUGUUAAUUUGACAAUGCUCCAAGCGAUUAUUCGGCCAAUUGAGCAGUUGAACACGAGCGUGGCACUAAUUGAAGAGAAAAGAAUUUUGCAAGGCACCGUUGAGGAGUCGGAUAGCAGUCAAAAGGGAUUAAGAUUAAGUGCUGUAGCAAAGCCUGUCAAAGAUGUUGCUGAAUGUCUAGCAGUAGCCGAAGAAACUCUGGUACAAAUCCCAUCUCCUGUACAAACUACUUCCUCAGAACAUCAAGUUUUGCAGGCACUCGCAAACCCAAUACAAGAGCUACGAACUGGUUUGGCUGAGUUAGGCGAUUUAGAACAGGCAAACAAAAGAGAUGACAUUCCUGAGGAGAAAAUAGAGCAGCUUCUGCGUUUGGCCAAACCUAUCCAGGAGAUUCAGGUUGCAAUAAUGGCAGUUGAGCCGCCGCUGGACGACGACGAAGUCAAGCAUUUGAGCCCAGACAAUGUACUCAAGGCUCUUGCAGAACCCCUACAAGUACUUGGUCACACAAUAGCAAUCAUAGAGCAGCAGCAGACACUCGAUCACACUGGUACUGACUUUACGAACGGCAAUCUGCCAAAGCAGUCUUCCGUUGUCGAAGUUGUUGGUUUAGAACCUGUAGAACAAGCCGUGAUAAUUGACCAGCAAGCCCUUGAAGCCGAUGGGGUAUCUAUUGAUGGAUCUGCUAGCAAGGAGCUUGAACAAGCCGUAGAAAAGAAUACAUCACUGCGCGCGGUUGGGGUAAUUGAACAGAAUGACCCUAUGGAAGCUGAGGCAUCGUUAAAACUACAAAAGAAAAGGCCUGACACGAUGGAUGUUGGCAAUGCCUCUGAUUCGUUAGGAAUCGCAGUUCUUGCCGACUCUGGGGUAUUAGUAUCGUCUAGACGGGACGAUACAUCUUCAGAACUACACGACGAACCUGAAACACUAUCAGAAAUAGAGAGCAUACCAGAAGUAUCAAAACAGGACACGUGUAAGUCAAUGGAGGAAAUAUCUGACUUCGAAGACGCAACAGAAAGCAAGAGUGCAUCAGGGCAAAAGCAAGAAGAAAAUGCGAAGACCGUGAAGGCUGAACUAAAAAAGGAAGAAGCAAAUAAACAAGUAGAGGCCACAGAAUUAGACGCUAAAAAGAAACGGGAACCGGAAGAAAAGGCCAAGGUGGAGAGGGCAAAGUUAAAGAGAGAACAGGACGCAGCCGAAAAACAGGAAAAGGAAGAGGACGCACAAUUAGAAGCGCAAAACAAAAAACAGGCUGAAGAGAAAGCCAAGGCCGAAGAGGAAAAGCUUCAGACAGAACGAGAGGCAGCCGAGCAGAAGAAAAAGGAACAGGAAGCAGUCAAGCUAGAAGCCCAGAAAAAACAGGAGGCCGAGGAGAAGGCCAAGGCCGAGGAGGAAAAGCUAAAGAAAGAACAGGAGGCAGCUGAUAAGAGAAACAAGGAAGAAGAGGCCGCAAAGAUUGAAGCACAGAAGAAACAGGAGGCCGAGGA